GCCCUGGCUGCCGCGGUGACCAUCUCCCAGCGGGCAGUGCGGCCCGGCUCUCCGGCGGCAGCGAGUGCCACGUCCCAAGUGUUACGCGGAGGAGCGGAGCGGACGGCGCGCGGGAGGCGGGGAGCAGCGCGGAACCCAGCCCGACCACACUGAUCGCCCGCCGCCAUGGGCUCCUCGCAGAGCGUCGAGAUCCCAGGCGGGGGCACAGAAGGCUACCACGUCCUGCGGGUACAAGAAAAUUCCCCAGGACAUAGAGCUGGACUGGAGCCAUUCUUUGAUUUUAUUGUUUCUAUUAAUGGUUCAAGAUUAAAUAAAGACAAUGAUACUCUUAAGGAUCUACUGAAAGCAAAUGUUGAAAAACCUGUGAAGAUGCUUAUCUACAGUAGUAAAACACUGGAGCUGCGAGAGACCUCAGUUACACCAAGUAACAUGUGGGGUGGACAGGGCUUGUUGGGAGUCAGCAUUCGUUUCUGCAGCUUUGAUGGGGCAAAUGAAAACGUUUGGCAUGUGUUGGAAGUGGAAUCAAAUUCUCCUGCAGCACUGGCUGGUCUUAGACCUCACAGUGAUUAUAUCAUUGGAGCAGAUACAGUCAUGAAUGAGUCUGAAGAUCUAUUCAGCCUUAUUGAAACACAUGAAGCAAAACCAUUGAAACUUUAUGUGUAUAAUACAGACACUGAUAACUGUCGAGAAGUGAUUAUUACACCAAAUUCUGCAUGGGGUGGAGAAGGCAGCCUAGGAUGUGGCAUUGGAUAUGGUUAUUUGCAUCGAAUACCUACACGCCCAUUUGAAGAAGGAAAGAAAAUUUCUCUUCCAGGACAGAUGACUGGUACACCGAUUACUCCUCUUAAAGAUGGGUUUACGGAGGUCCAGCUGUCCUCAGUUAAUCCCCCGUCUUUGUCACCACCAGGAACUACAGAAAUUGAACAGAGUCUGUCUGGACUUUCUAUUAGUUCAACUCCACCAGCUGUCAGUAAUGUUCUCAGUACAGGUGUACCAACAGUACCAUUAUUGCCACCACAAGUAAACCAGUCCCUCACAUCUGUGCCGCCGAUAAACCCAACUACUACGUUACCAGGUCUGAUGCCUUUACCAGCCGGUCUCCCGAGCCUGCCUGUCCUCCCCAAUCUGAACCUGCCCGCCCCGCCUGUCGUGCCAGCUGUCAGCUUACCGGAACUUGUGAACCCGGGUUUGCCGCCUCUUCCUUCCCUGCCUCCCCGAAACUUACCAGGCCUUGCCCCUCUCCCCAUGCCAUCCGAGUUCCUGCCGUCAUUCCCUUUGGUUCCAGAGGUCUCUCCCGCAGCGGGCUCCGCAGAGCUGCUCUCCUCUGUCCCACCCGCCGGCAGCCCACCCUCCGACCCCGUCCUGACCACUGCACGGGCAGACGCCGCCUCCGCACUCACUGUGGACGUGACACCCCCCACUCCCAAGGCCCCGGCCACUGUGGAGGACAGAGUCAGCGACUCUGCCCCAGCCAGCGAGAAGCCCAUCUCAGCGGUUACGGUUACAGACGCAUUUGCCUCUGAGUCACCUUAGCUUUGGACUGGUCUUCAGAAUUGGCGUGGUGUGCCUGUUUCACCACAGGAGCGUGUCUGGAAAUGCAAACUCUCUUUAAUUUCAUACUAGUUUGUACCGUUUCUGUAGGCAUCCUGUAAAUAAUUCUAAGGGAAAACUCAGCAAGAGGAUGUGGGCUUGUAUUCUGCCAAGUGGGAGUGCGGCUCACGGGCCGGGGAGGGAAACGUCAAGAAGUGUUUGUAUUUUAAAACCAAAAAGAAUUGUAAGGGUGGCUUGCUGCCAGGUUUCCACUGCCAUUCUUGGGGCUGUAGCUCUUUGGGAAAGGGGGUGACAGGGUGUUCACGGGGUGUUCACCUGUCCUCCUGCUGCUCCUUCUGUAAGAAAAUGUAAUAUUUUAUGCCUAAUACCCACUCGCAACAUUUCUUGUAUUUUGUAAAUCAUUUGCAAGAAUGCAGACCACCUCACUAAGCCGUGAAACGAAAAGAUAUUUUACUUUUGGUCUCUGUGAGUCACAUCUCUAUUAAGGUUUACACAAAAAUUCCAACAGAAGAUGUUAUUAAAGUUAACACAAUGUGCACUAUUAAUUGAACAUCUUUUUAUUCAGCCUAUACACAGAUCCUUGUUUUGAGCUCUCAAAAGUACUCAGACAACAUUUUAUAACUGCUGCUGUUGCUUUAUACGUCCACUAAAAAAUGGCAUUUAAAAAGAAAUAAAGGAGAUGUUGCACAGUUUUAAACCAGAAGGUGGCACUUUGUAGCUACUUACAAUAUUAUAGUUGUACUGGGAAGCAUAGAUACAGCAAUAAAUUACAGUACUUUUGCUUUUCUUCUUGUGGUACGUUUAAAUUACAACUCCUGAUUGCCAUGGUGCAUUCAUUAAUCUCCAGUGCAUCACAAUGCAUUCAUGUAAUUCCAUGUCUGAUCUUUGCUUUCUCCUAAAUUUUCUAAGAGAUGGUAAGUUAUGUGGAAUUGAUUUAUUGAAUGAAAUUAAAUGCAUAUUAUAUCUCUGCUUCUUAAA